GACAAUUUCUUGCCAUUUUUUCGCCAAUGACAGACACCACCAAAAACAUCUCCACAACAAUGGAGAAUAAUACUGCAACCAAAUCUAAUGAGAAUAACAGUACUAAGGAUCAGAAUCAGAAGAAGAACAGGAUUCAAGUGUCCAAUACCAAGAGGCCCCUCUUCUUCUACCUUAAUCUCGCCAAGAGAUACCUGAAGCAGCAUGAUGAGGUUGAGCUUUCUGCGUUGGGAAUGGCAAUCCCCACUGUUGUCAUAAUUGCUGAGAUUUUGAAGAGAAACGGAUUAGCUACCAACCAAAAGGUUAUGAUAUCUACGGUGGGCAGCAAUGCUGAAUCAAAUGGUCGCUUUGUUAGAAAGGCCAGGAUUGAAAUAGUAUUGGAGAAGGCCAAGAAUGCAGAAACCUAAGGCUGCUGUUGACCACAAAUUUCUAAAAGAAAAGGAUGAAAAAAAAACAAGUCCUUUGCCAUUGUAGCGUAGGAUAUUUAAUGUUAGGUUGUAGAUUGGUAGGUAGUUUAUUUAAGUCCGACUGCUGUUUAAUUGCUCGAUCUGUAUGGAAGGGGAAGUUAUUUGUUGGAAGCAUAUCCCAAUUGGAUGGAUA